GCUCGGGCUGCGGUCCGACUGCCAUGGAUCCGCCGGCGGGAGCCGCUCGCCGCCUGCUCUGCCCCGCGCUGCUGCUGCUGCUGCUGCUGCCGCUGCUGCCGCUGCUGCUGCUGCCACCGCCGCCGCCGCCCGCGGACGCCCGGCUUUCCGCCGCCAAAGCCGACCCCCCAGGAGGGCCCCUGGGGCAAGGAGCCGAGCGCAUCCUGGCGGUGCCGGUGCGCACUGACGCCCAGGGCCGCUUGGUGUCCCACGUGGUGUCGGCGGCGGCCGGGGCGGGGGUACGAGCCCGCAGAGAGGCCCCAGUGCAGACCUCGGGCUUCCCGGGAGGCAGCGAGGAAGACCCAAGCGGCCGCCUCUUCUACAAUGUCACAGUUUUCGGCCGAGAUCUGCACCUGCGGCUGCGGCCCAAUGCCCACCUCGUGGCUCCCCGGGCCACUGUGGAGUGGCAGAGUGAGACGGGUGCCACCCGCGUGGAACCCCUGCUUGGGACCUGCCUCUACGUUGGGGACGUGGCCGGCUUAGCUAAAACCUCCUCUGUGGCUCUCAGCAACUGCGAUGGGCUGGCUGGUCUGAUCCGGAUGGAGGAGGAGGAGUUCUUCAUUGAGCCUCUGGAGAAGGGGCUGGCUGCUCAGGAGGCUGAGCAGGGCCGUGUGCACGUGGUGUAUCGCCGACCGCCCACCCCCAAGAACCCUCCUCUGAGGGGACCACAGGCCCUGGACACAGGAGCUUACCAGGACAGUCUGCACAGCCUCAGUAGAGCCCUGGGUGUCCUGGAGGACCGCGUAAACAGCUCACGGCAGAGGGUGCGCAGGCAUGCUGCCGAUGAUGACUACAACAUCGAGGUCCUGCUAGGCGUGGAUGACUCCGUGGUCCAGUUCCAUGGGAAGGAGCACGUGCAGAAGUACCUGCUGACACUCAUGAACAUCGUCAAUGAAAUCUACCAGGAUGAAUCCUUAGGAGCCCACAUCAACGUCGUCCUGGUGCGAAUUAUCCUGCUGAGCUACGGGAAGUCCAUGAGCCUCAUUGAGAUCGGGAACCCCUCUCAGAGUCUGGAGAAUGUCUGCCGUUGGGCCUACCUCCAGCAGAAGCCAGACACAGGCCAUGAUGAGUACCACGACCACGCCAUCUUCCUCACGCGGCAGGACUUCGGGCCUUCGGGCAUGCAAGGUUAUGCGCCUGUCACCGGGAUGUGCCACCCUGUCCGCAGCUGCACCUUGAACCACGAGGAUGGCUUCUCCUCAGCAUUUGUGGUGGCCCAUGAGACUGGCCAUGUGCUGGGCAUGGAACAUGAUGGGCAGGGCAACCGCUGUGGAGACGAGGUGCGGCUCGGCAGCAUCAUGGCGCCUCUGGUGCAGGCUGCCUUCCACCGCUUCCACUGGUCCCGCUGCAGCCAGCAGGAGCUCAGCCGCUACCUGCACUCCUAUGACUGCCUGCGCGAUGACCCCUUCGCCCACGACUGGCCGGCGCUGCCCCAGCUCCCAGGGCUGCACUAUUCCAUGAAUGAGCAGUGUCGUUUUGACUUUGGCCUGGGCUACAUGAUGUGUACCGCGUUCCGAACCUUUGACCCCUGCAAGCAGCUGUGGUGUAGCCAUCCUGACAAUCCUUACUUUUGCAAGACCAAGAAGGGGCCCCCUCUGGAUGGGACUAUGUGUGCUUCUGGCAAGCAUUGCUUUAAAGGACACUGCAUCUGGCUGACUCCUGACAUCCUCAAACGGGAUGGCAACUGGGGCUCCUGGACUCCGUUUGGCUCCUGCUCCCGCACCUGUGGCACAGGUGUGAAGUUCAGGACUCGCCAGUGUGACAACCCACACCCAGCCAACGGAGGCCGCAUGUGCUCAGGCCUUUCCUACGACUUCCAGCUGUGCAACCCUCAGGACUGUCCUGACGCCCAGGCUGACUUCCGGGAGGAGCAGUGUCGCCAGUGGGACUUGUACUUUGAGCACGGGGAUGCCCAGCACCACUGGCUGCCCCAUGAACACCGGGAUGCCAAAGAGAGAUGCCAUCUCUACUGUGAGUCUAAGGAGACUGGGGAGGUGGUGUCCAUGAAGCGCAUGGUACACGAUGGGACACGCUGCUCCUACAAGGAUGCCUUCAGCCUCUGUGUGCGUGGAGACUGCAGGAAGGUAGGCUGUGAUGGAGUGAUUGGCUCCAGCAAACAGGAAGACAAGUGUGGUGUAUGUGGAGGGGACAACACUCACUGCAAAGUGGUCAAGGGCACAAUCACAAGAUUGCCCAAGAAGCAAGAUUACAUCAAGAUGUUUGAGAUCCCUGCGGGAGCCAGACACCUGCUCAUCCAAGAGUCAGACGCCACCAGCCACCAUCUGUCCGUCAAGAACCUGGAGACAGGCAAGUUCAUCUUAAAUGAAGAAAACCACGUGGAUCCCAAUUCUAGAUCCUUCAUUGCCAUGGGCGUGGAGUGGGAGUACAGGAAUGAGGAUGAACGGGAGACGCUGCAGACCAUAGGCCCACUCCGUGGCACCAUUACUGUGCUGGUUAUUCCAGAGGGAGACACCCGCAUCUCACUGACGUACAAAUACAUGAUUCAUGAGGACUCUCUCAAUGUCGAUGACAACAAUGUCCUUGAAGAUGACUCUGUGCGCCAUGAGUGGGCCCUGAAGAAGUGGUCUCCCUGCUCCAAGCCCUGUGGUGGAGGGUCCCAGUUCACCAAGUAUGGCUGCCGCAGGAGACUGGACAACAAGAUGGUGCACAGAGCCUUUUGCAGUGCCCUGGUGAAGCCCAAAGCCAUCCGCCGAAUUUGCAACCCACAGGAGUGUUCUCAGCCUGUGUGGGUCACGGGUGAAUGGGAGCCCUGCAGUCAGAGCUGUGGGCGCAGUGGCAUGCAGGUGCGCUCUGUGCGCUGCAUCCAGCCUCUGCACAACAACACCACCCGCUCCGUGCACACCAAACACUGCAACGACCACCGGCCCGAGAGCCGCCGUGCCUGCAACCGAGAGCUCUGCCCUGGACGCUGGCGAGCUGGACCCUGGUCCCAGUGCUCGGUCACCUGUGGCAAUGGCACCCAAGAAAGGCCAGUACUCUGCCGCACCACGGACGACAGCUUUGGUGUCUGCCAGGAUGAGAGGCCUGAGACGGCGAGGAUCUGCAGGCUUGGCCCCUGUCCCCGAAACAUCUCUGAUCCUUCCAAGAAGAGCUACGUGGUCCAGUGGCUGUCCCGUCCCGACCCUGACUCGCCCAUCAGGAAGAUCUCGUCAAAAGGCCAGUGCCAAGGCGACAAGUCAAUGUUCUGUAGGAUGGAAGUCUUGUCUCGCUAUUGCUCCAUACCAAGCUACAACAAGCUCUGCUGCAAGUCCUGUAACCUGCGACACAACCUCACCAAUGUGGACGGCGCAGCAGACACCCCCCCUGGGAAGCACAACGACAUCGAUGUGUUCAUGCCCACUCUCCCGGGGCCCAUGCUAGCCACGCAGCCACAGCCUUCACCAGGGACCCCUCUGGAGGCCCCUCUCAAUGCUUCCAGCACCAAUGCCACAGAGGAUCACCCAGAGACCAAUGCUGUGGACGUCCCUUACAAGAUCCAUGGCCUGGAUGAUGAAGUCCAGUUGCCCAACUUAAUCCCUCGACGGCCGAGCCCAUAUGAAAAGACCCGGAACCAAAGAAUCCAGGAGCUCAUUAAUGCGAUGCGGAAAAAAGACACGCUCGGAAAGUUCUAAUAAAAUGGAAAGACAGCA